CUCGUCUAAAGGUAAGCUUAGCCGGAAGGUCGACGGUGGAAGAAGGCCGCUUGUCUAAGGGUAAGUUUGAACAGAUGAAGGUCGAACGGUGGACGAAAGGCCGCUUGUUUAAGGAUUCCCCGAUGCCCACUGAAGCAGAUUUCAAGAAACCAGUCUUGAUUGUAAGUAAAUGUUUGGUAGAUUCCCCAAUGCCCACUCAAGCAGAUUUCAAGAAACAGGUUGUUUCUGUGUGCAAAUCGCUAUUGGUUUUCUUAAUGGUCAUAAUGAUGGCAUGGGUUUCUGCUCGGGGAGAUAUUUUGUUGACAGAAAAACAAUUAUUCAUGGAAUUGUUACUUAUGAACAUCCUGCUGUUGGCGUUGGUGAUCGGAUUACUAGUGGUUACGGCCUCUUGUGAGAGUGACAUUUUGCUCAAAGCAGGAAGGAUUAUGGAAAUAAUCACUACGGUGCUUCCUUACGUAGCCGUUAUGGCCACUAUGUUCAUACUUACAUUGGUACCGGCAAUUAUGGCAUGGUUUAUUGUAGUUGGCCUAGGUAUGUCCAUAGUGCCAUUGUUGAGAUACACCCUUAGUUUGAUAGUCAUUUUGUUCGUAUACAUACAUAGGCGGAUCAAAAAGCUGAAAGACAUUUUGUUCAAAGCAAUGGCAAGACCACAUAAAGAAGAAGAAGAAGAAGAAGAAGAAGAAGAAGAAGAAGAAGAAGAAUUAUCCAUGGAAACUGAAAAAGCAACUUUAACUCUAUUGGAUGAGGAUGAGGACGAGGCCUUGGAAAUGGAAAUCUUGGAGAAUACCUUCAGCCCACAAGCAAAAGAUGGGAAAGGAAUUAUAGGAAAAGCUCAGAUUUUGACAAGGAAAAAGGACUUCCUACACUUUAUCUUGUCAUAUCCUAUGAAACCAGAACCAGAUGAAGAUUUUUUUAACCCUGUAUUUCUCAGGAGGCGAUUUUCCGAUAUGAAUCAAUUACGAAGAGAAAUAAAAGCUUUGCUAUUAGAUGACAUAUAUGAGGAACAUGGACAUGAAUUAGGCGAGAAGAUGAUUUUUCUUAUUCGUGAGGUCGAAAGAAUGUUGGAUAGAUAUGAUUUUCAUGUGGUGGGUUAUUUACCUCAAGAAGCUGAUGUUAUUACGGCAAGGUCAGGUAAGAGUUUGACACACAGAAUUGAGGUUGGGUUAACAAGUCAGGCGCGUGGUAAAUUUGAAGCGCCAGAUGAAAUGUUGCAAUUGGCUAUUGAUUCUGCUAUUCGCCAGGUCUCCAAAUGCUUUCAGGAUGGAAUAUUUCGAAAGAUUGGGAUCUCAGGGAGCGGAAGGGAGGAAGUAACAAAAGCACUGAAAGAUAUAUCGAUGAUACAAGCCAAAUGUAGUAUCGUCCUCUGCUUCUCUGUCUCAAGACAUCACAGUGACGAAGAGGUUAGGCAGAACAUUGCUAAACAGAUUGCCAGAUUUCGUCAAAUUGAUGACAUUUUGAUUUUCAAGGAACAGCUACUUCAAUUCCUACCUGACGACUUCUUGCUGCUUGUGAAUUGUUUGGAUGGGCCAAUAGAUACUCUAUACAACUUAAAAAUCCCUGAUCAUGGAUUCGUAGUUCUCACAACUCAAUCUCAAAAAGUUUAUGAGAUAAUGGAUGUGGAUCUAGAGAUCAGAAUGGAUGAUCAUCUGUUACCCUGGAACCUGUUCUGUUGGAACGUGGGCGCAUCACUUGUUCUUUCUUCUGCUAUCCAACAAAUGGCCAUCCGGUUAGUGAAAGAAUGCCACGGUCACCUACUUGCAAUCAUUCUUCUUGCAAGGGCCUUGAAAGAUGUGACUGAUAUUGGUGUGUGGGAACUUGCACUCCACCAAUUAACAUCACAGUCCUCUGAAGUCAUGGUUAAUGUGUUAAAACUCGUUUGGGAUCAGAAGGACAUCAUAACAAAGCAUUGCAUUAAAUUUUGUGCACAGAACUCGGGAUUUCGAGAUUUGCCAAUAUCAAAUUGGGUCUCAAAUAGUUUAGUAGGAAAACGUGAAGAAGGAGAAGCUAUUUUUGAAGAUCUUAUCGAUUCCUUCUUGCUAGAGAAUAAUGUUGGGGUAAAUGAAGUCCGGAUGCGAAAGGAAACUAAAAAUGUACUGCAAAAGUAUUUUAUACCCUAUCUACCAAGCCUCUAUCUAAAGCAAGGGGGACUAGGAUUGGUUGAGACACCAAAGAUUGAAGAGUGGAAUAAUGCUAGAGAGAUUUACUUGAUGGAUAACAAAUUAUCCAAGCUUCCGGAGAACCCUAAAUGCCGAAUCCUCACAAAGUUGUGGUUACAUAAGAACUAUGAUCUGAUGGAAAUUCCUCGAUUAUUUUUUGAAGACAUGCCUCUCCUACAUUCUCUAGAUUUGUCCUACACUAGCAUCAAAUCUUUGCCACCUUCUAUUUCCAUGUUGGUUUUACUUCAUACAUUCCGUUUGAAAGGUUGUGAACUUCUCAUGGAGUUGCCGCCCCAAAUUGGAGAACUUGGGAUGCUUGAGGAAUUUGAUCUUGAAGGAACUGAAUUAAUGUAUUUACCCAAAGAAAUUGGACAAUUAAUCAGUUUGAAGUGCUUCAGGGUCUCUUUUUGUGGAUGUGCAAACCGCUACGAAGAAUUAAAGCAGAUGGAUUCGAUCAUCCCAACAAAGGUGUUGUCAAAACUCUCGGAAUUGAAUGAAUUAAGCAUUGAUGUGAAUCCAGAUGCCGACCAGUGGGAUGUUGAUGUGUGGGAUGCUAAUGUGAAGGAAAUACUGAAUGAAUUGAGUAGCUUACAAAAGUUGAAAAUACUCAGGUUGUAUCUGCCAUCAGUGGAAUCACUGCAGCAACUUAAAUGGAAUAACAAACAAGUUAUGUAUCCAGAUUUGUCUCAAUUUGGAUUCACUGUUGGCCAUCAUCCAUGGCGAAUCAUAUUCCGUCUACCACGUGAAGUUGGGGAAUUAUUCAAGAAAUGGGAAAAAUCAAAGAAAUGCCUCAACUACAUAAAUGGUGAGGGCAAGCCUAGUGGGAUUACCGAGGCACUCCAGCAUGCCUCUGUUUUUUUCCUUGAUCGCCAUUAUACUGCUAAGACGUUGUCUGAAUUCGGGAAUGAAAAUAUGGUUCAACUCAAAUUUUGCUUGCUAGUGGAAUGCAAUGAAUUUCAAACCAUUAUUGAUGGAGAUAGUGAAUAUCGGUGGGGGAAACCUGUGUUUGAACGGCUACAAUACUUGGGUAUUCAUUACAUGAAGAAUUUACGAAGUAUUUGGAAAGGCCAAAUUGACAAGGGUUGUCUAUCCAAUCUGAGGUACUUGGCAUUGCACACAUGUCCCAAUUUGAUUACUAUUUUCACCCCAAAUUUACUUGGUAAUCUCGUCAAGUUGGAAGAGCUUAUAGUUGAAGAUUGCUUCAAAGUCAGGAGCCUGGUAAGUCAGGAAUUGUCAGACUUCAAAUCCUCUGGUAAUGUUCUCCAAAACUUGAAGAAGAUGUCACUUCUUGACUUACCUGAAUUGGUUACUAUUUCUGGUGGCCUAAGUAUUGGUCCAGUAUUAGAAAGUCUGAUUGUUUAUAACUGUCCAAAGCUCAAAAGUCUGCAUGCCAUGGAAGUGUCUGGUGAUAAUUUGAAGAUCAAAGGGGAGAAAGAGUGGUGGGAUGCAAUAAAGUGGAGGAACAAAACUUUUCCAGCUUAUAAGGAAUUUGAAAUUGAUGAAGAUUCGAUGGGCCCAUUAGCUAAAGAUAUAUAUUCACACUAACCUGGAGCAAAUGGUUUUCAACAGUCAGGUUAUGAAAGCCUCAUGAAGGCCCCUGUGGCAGGAGAUUGGGACAAUCGAUCCGAUGGUGUUUAGGAGCUCAAGCUUAGGAACUUGUAGAUGUAAUUACCAAUAUAUCUUCAGAGAAAACUGAUCAGAUUAAAACUCCAUAGCUUGUAGGCUAGUUUCUUUGCAUUAUUGCUGCUUGCCUUAAUGUUUUCAAAUACAAUAUUGGGAUGCGAUGCUUUAUCUACUUUUUAUCUCCUUGUGUGGAUGUGACAGUAACAGUAAUUAUUGUAAGUGUUGUAUCUGAUGUUCUUGUAUUUCUUGUUAUUUGAAAUCUAUCAAUAUUUUUGUUUAAUUUGUUUUGGCAAG